CACGUGGUGCCCGCGCGUCACGUGGGCGAGUCAGGUGACCGUGCGGGCCGGAGGACCGACUGCGGGGCGGACGGUGGACGCAGGGACGCGGCUUUAGCUCUGUCUCCGCCGACCCGGGCCCCGCCGCCGCCGCCAUGACGGGGCUAGCGCUCCUGUACUCCGGGGUCUUCGUGGCCUUCUGGGCCUGCAUGAUCGUCGUGGGGAUCUGCUACACCAUUUUUGACUUGGGCUUCCGCUUUGAUGUGGCAUGGUUCUUGACAGAGACUUCCCCCUUCAUGUGGUCAAACCUGGGCAUUGGCCUAGCUAUCUCCCUGUCUGUGGUUGGAGCAGCCUGGGGCAUCUAUAUUACUGGCUCAUCCAUCAUUGGAGGAGGGGUGAAGGCUCCUAGGAUCAAGACCAAGAACCUGGUCAGCAUCAUCUUCUGUGAGGCUGUGGCUAUCUACGGCAUCAUCAUGGCAAUUGUCAUUAGCAACAUGGCGGAGCCUUUCAGUGCCACUGACCCCAAAGCCAUUGGCCAUCGAAACUAUCAUGCAGGCUACUCCAUGUUUGGAGCUGGCCUCACAGUGGGCCUGUCUAACCUCUUCUGUGGAGUCUGCGUGGGCAUUGUGGGCAGUGGAGCAGCCCUGGCCGAUGCACAGAACCCUAGCCUCUUUGUGAAGAUUCUUAUCGUGGAGAUCUUUGGCAGCGCCAUCGGCCUCUUUGGGGUCAUCGUUGCGAUCCUUCAGACCUCCAAAGUGAAGAUGGGUGACUAGAUGAUCUGUGUGGGUGGGGCCGUGCCCCACUCUUAUUUAUUUGUGGUUUUACUGGGACAGCUGGAGCUGUGCCCCUUUCACAGGGCUCGGUGUUCUGGGCCCUCCCUGCACUCACUCCUCGCUGCCUGUCGACUUGGAGGCUCUGCCUGGCUGGAUCCUCAGUGUGGGGAGUGGGUUGCUGAUGACUGUGUGCAGCUCUGCACCUGUGUCCCACCUCCACCCCCAGCCUGUCUUCCCAGUGUUUGUGAAAUAAACGUGGUAUUUGUCUGGA